GCCAGCACCGCCGCCAGGCAGCUCCUGCAGACCAGCAAAGGCCCCUGGUCCCCCCAGUUCAAGUGCGCGUCCCUGCGGACGGCCUCUCCCAAAGCCAAGGGCGCGGAUUCGCCCCCCUUCCCCAAGGUGCCCGACUCCAGGCGGAAGAGCCUGCGGCCGUUCUCCAUCACCACCGCCCUCAACACCCUCAACCGCAUGGUCCACGCGCCCGGCGAGCGCCCGGCACUGGAGAUCAGCUCCCCCGUGCUCAUCAGCUCCAGCAACCCCACCGUGGCCACGCAGAGCAGUGAGAAAGCCGAGUUUCCCUACGCAUCCCCUCUCCAGGUCAGUGCGUCUUACUACCCGGGAUCGCUGGGGCACUCGGCAGCCAUCGUCACGCUGCCCCACCUGCAGCACCACGUCUCAGCCUACUUGUGCGUGGCUCUCCACUCCUACGCGCCCCACGGCCCCGACGAGCUGGAGCUGCAGAAGGGAGAAGGGGUGCGCGUUUUCGGGAAGGAGCACGAGGGCUGGCUGCGGGGCAUGUCCCUGGUCACCGGCAGGGUCGGCGUCUUCCCCAGCAACUACGUCGCGCCCCUCUUCAGUCUGCCCGCCGCCUCGCUCCCCUCCGGGGGGAGCAUCUCCGAGAACGGCCCCAGACAAAGCCGGCCCCUGAAGCCGGCGCUGCUGCCCGUGCCCGUCCCCUCGCCCGGCCGCAGCACGGCCACCGCGGGACAGAGCUCGCUGCGGCGCGGACGCGGCAGCGCCAGGAAGAAUGGGUCCCUGCAGCGCCCGGGGCAGGCGGGGACCCCCGUGCACGUGGCCGGCUCCCUCAGGCGCCCGUCCGUGGCCACGCUGCGCCCUCCGCAGUUUCAGCUGUACCAGCACAUCAGCAUCCCCGGAGCAGGCGUCUCCCACGAGGCUUCCCCGGCGCUGGUGGUCAGGGGGGACAGCAGAACCCCUUCCGUCUGCAGCUCCGUGAUCCUGGACGCCAAGGACCCUCCUGCAAAGAGUGAGGCUGCUCCUAAGCCGCCCGCGUCCGCCCCGCCGUCCAUCCUGGUGAAGCCGGACACCUCGCGCAACAGCGCCGACAAG